ACUUUCCAGCUACUGGCCUCCCUUUCUACUAUGAACAGAUGACAUUCACCCAGAAGCUGACUGCCUGUCUCAGCUCAAAUUUUGCAAUGGCACUGGGAGUUAAAUAUCUACUCGACUUGGAAGGACAGCAAAUUGGACUUAGUUGGAGUAACAUGUUCUCAUCAACUAAACUGGAUGACUUUUUUUUUGGCUAUCUACUGGGAGUGUUUUUAUUUGAUGCCUUCUUAUAUUGCCUCGUGGCCUGCUACAUAGAAGCUGUCUUUCCAGGAGAGUAUGGCGUGCCCAAGCCAUGGAACUUUUUCUUACUGCGCUCUUACUGGUUUGGGGAACCAUUAGAGAAAAGUACUGAAACAGAACAAUUUUAUGAGACACCCCAAAGCAAGUAUUUUGAAGCUGAACCUACUGAUUUGGAAAUAGGUGUCCAGAUCCAACAUUUGCACAAGGUAUUCCAAGAUCGCAAGACUACCAAAAUAGCUGUAAAGGACUUGUCUUUGAAUUUAUAUAAGGGACAGAUCACUAUUCUUCUAGGACAUAACGGGGCAGGAAAAUCCACUACUCUAUCCAUUCUCUCAGGUCUCUAUCCUCCUACCAGUGGAAAGGCCUAUGUUGUUGGAAAGGACAUCUCAAAGCAGAUGGUGCAGAUUAGGAAAUUUCUGGGCAUAUGUCCCCAGCAGGACCUGUUGUUUAGUUACUUGACAGUAGCAGAACACCUGCAUUUCUAUUCUGUGGUAAAAGGAGUACAUGAAAAGACAAGAGCUAAGGAAACUGACAACAUGCUGUCUGCUUUUAACCUGCUGGAAAAGCGUAAUGUGAUGUCAAAGGCACUGAGUGGGGGAAUGAAGCGCAAACUCUCCAUCAUUAUAUCACUUCUAGGGGACUCCAAGGUAGUGAUACUUGACGAGCCAACAUCCGGCAUGGACGCAGCCUCAAGGAGGGUCACCUGGGAUCUCCUUCAGAAGUAUAAAAAGGAUCGUGCCAUCUUACUGACCACCCACCACAUGGAUGAAGCUGAUAUCUUGGGUGACCGCAUAGCCAUCAUGGUCAAGGGAUCCCUCAAGUGCUGUGGCUCUUCAAUUUUCCUGAAAAAAAUAUAUGGUGUGGGAUACCAUAUAGUCCUGGUGAAGGCACCUGGUUGUGAUGUUGACGGAAUCUCAAGAUUGAUUCAUUAUUAUACACCAACAGCCACUUUGGAGAACAAUGUUGGAACUGAAUUAUCAUUUAUUCUACCGAAAGAGUAUAUAUACAGAUUUGAAGCUCUGUUUACUGAUCUGGAAGAAAGACAAGAAGAGUUGGGCAUUGUUAGCUUUGGUGCCUCUGUCACUACCAUGGAAGAAGUUUUCCUUAAGGUUGGCCAGUUGGAAGAUUCAAUCACAGAUACAGGAUCUAUGCAGCCUCCCGUCCAGAUGAGCAAAGUCUCCAUCGGGAACCAGAAUACAAAUAUGUCAAGAAAUGCUGAGAAAGUAGACUCUCCCACCCAAAAUGAAAGCCCUCCUAUUAGUUUUAAUGCUGGGUUUUCUCUCUACAACCAGCAGUUCCAUGCCAUGUUCCUAAAGAGGGUGAUGUUCAGUUGUCGCAGCUGGAAACUGGUUUUGGUACAGAUACUGGGACUUUUAGGUUCCUGUGCCUUACUCUUGAGUAUUGAUGACUUCGCACAGGGAGAUACCAUCAGGACGAUGGAUUUAAGUGAAUAUGGCCAAACCAUCAUGCCUAUUUCUAUUUCUGGAAAUUCUUCUAUGUCUCAAUAUUUCUUUAAAAACCUUAAGAAUCUUCUAAAGAUUAAGAACCAAAGAAUUAAGAAGGUGCAAGGUGACGUACAGAGUUACUUGAGGGAAAAUAAAGAUUGUAUUCAUGUGUGUAUUAUUGCACUUUCCAUUGAGGCAAAGGAAAGUGAAACAAUAUUUACUAUUCUGUUCAACAAUGAAGUAUACCAUUCACCACCUCUGGCCUUGUCAGUGUUAGACAACGUUCUUUUCAGGUUACUCGCUGGCAAUGAGGCUUCCUUAACAGUCUCCAAUAAACCUCAGCCACUCCCUCUUGAGAAUGAUGAAGAAAAUUUAGAGUAUACGACCGGACGUGAGGUGGCUUUAAGUUUACAGUUCGGUAUGGCUCUUUUGGUCAGUGGAUUUUGUAUCCUGACAGUGACUGAGAGAACCACUAAAGCAAAGCACAUCCAGUUUUUGAGUGGGGUCUCUGUCUUUGCAUACUGGCUUUCUGCUCUAUUGUGGGAUUUCAUCAUCUUCUUCAUUUCCUUCUGCCUCCUAAUGGCAGUGUUAAAAAACCACAAAGCGGAUAUUUAUGUCACGGGUUACCACUUUCAGGAAACUAUGGUGAUCUUCAACCUGUAUGGCUGGGCUGUCAUUCCUUUUGUGUACCUGAUGAGCUUCCUGUUUUCUAAAAGUACUUCUGCAUUCAUCCAGCUUCUCCUACUCAACUACUUUGCAGGCACCGUUGGUUUCUUCAUGGGCAUUGCGUUAGAAAACAAAAUGUACACUAGCAUGUCAAAUAUCACCAGAACCUUCCUGCUCAAUUCGUUGCUGCUCCUUCCCAAUUACAACCUUGCAAGGUGCAUUGGUGAAUAUACUAAUAUCUAUCAAACGGAGAUACUGUGCAACCUAAAGAACCCUCCUGACUUCUUAAAUUGUAGUAAAGAAAAUAUUGAGAACAAUAUAUAUUCUUUGGAAGAGGACAUGAUUGGAAAGUAUUUGAUUGCCAUGAGUAUCACGGGCUUUCUUUUCUUCCUCUUCAUUUUCCUUGGGGAGACAACUUUGCAAAGACUAAGAACAUUUCUCAAUCAACACAUUUACUUUGGCAUCUACAAGCAAAUCAGGAAGGAUAUAGUGUCCAAGGAGUUAUCUGGGAAAUCUGAAGAUCAAGAUGUACAAAAUGAAAGAGACAGAAUCCUGGAGCUGCCGCCUCAGGAGUUGCCAAAUUCCACAGUGCUUCUUAAGGAACUGAUAAAGAUCUAUUUUACCUAUCCAGUCAUUCUGGCUAUAAAAAACAUCUCUCUUGCAAUCCAAAAAGGGGAGUGCUUUGGAUUGCUUGGAUAUAAUGGAGCUGGAAAAACGACUACUUUCCAGAUUUUGACUGGGGAGAUAAGUGCUACUUCUGGGGAAGUGCUUAUUGAUGGCUUUAACGUCACCAAAAAUAUUGUAAAGGUGAGGCCAAGAAUUGGCUAUUGUCCUCAAUUUGAUGCCUUGCUGGAAUACAUGACUGCCCGGGAAAUAAUGAUGAUGUAUGCCAGAGUAUGGGGAGUUUCUGAGCAUCAGAUUAAGCCAUAUGUGAACAAAUGUUUGAACUCACUGGAACUGGAGGCUCAUGCUGACAAACUUAUCAGCACCUACAGUGGAGGAAACAAACGUAGGCUCAGUACUGCUAUUGCCCUAGUGGGAAAGCCCUCAGUCAUCUUCCUGGAUGAGCCAUCAACUGGCAUGGACCCAGCAGCCCGACGCCUGCUCUGGAACACAGUGACACGAGCACGUGAAAGUGGAAAAGCCAUCAUUAUAACCUCCCACAGUAUGGAGGAAUGUGAUGCCCUCUGUACCCGUCUAGCCAUCAUGGUGCAGGGGAAGUUUAUGUGCUUGGGCAGCCCUCAGCAUCUCAAGAACAAGUUUGGCAAUAUUUACAUUCUGAAGGCCAAGGUCAAGACUGAGGAUAAGUCAAAGGAUUUUAAAACAUUUAUCGAAAUGACAUUUCCGGGUAGUGUCUUAAAGCACGAGAAUCAAGGGAUCCUUAACUACUACAUUCCCAGGAAGGACAAUGGCUGGGGAAAGGUGUUUGGCACUUUGGAGAGAGCUAAAGAGCAAUUUGAUUUAGAAGACUAUUCCAUCAGCCAGGUAACACUGGAACAAGUCUUCCUGACCUUUGCUUACGCAGAUGAAACAGCAGAAGGUUGUGAAAAACAGGAGCCAUGAGAUUCAGCAACAAUGACCCUUGUGUCUUUCAUAGACUAUGAGUGGAUGUGUAGAGGGACGUUCCUGUGUGUAUAUAUCUUGGUGUAAAUAUAUUUAUGUAA